UGGUGGGGUAAGGGGAGAAAGCUGUCACUAUUUCCUCCAAGGUUGAGGAAUAUUUCGGCGCAGGAAAAAGUAGGCGUCAAAAUUAAAAAUUUCAAUUUCAAUAAACAAUGAAUAGAUUUUAAAGCGAGUGUGGUCCACCCCUGACCCCUGAGAGCUGAAAUUUGUCUCUUAAAAUGAGAGGUAUCUUAAAUUGGGGUCCCUUCCACACUACUUAUGGGCUGGAAGGGACAUUUCUUUAUGUACCUUUCACACUACAACUGGGCCGGGAGGAAUAUUCUGGGCUGGAAGGAACUGGGCUGGAGAGAACAUUUGUACUUUUCACACUAAAUUGAGAGGAGGGUAUCUCCUAGGUAGCUCCCCCUAUCAAAUGGCCUACAGACAGACAGCUCCCCUACCAACAGUAAGUAUUUUGAGGAUAUUUGGAAACGAUGAUUU